UAGAGAAAGCGCACACACAAUUGUCAAAAGUCCAAUACGAUAAUACGCAAUUACAUAAAACCAUUCAAGUACAGAUGGAUAUCUUGAAAUCUCCUGCAGUUUCUGGGCUACGGCGGAUGUUCAUUCUUGUUUCUCCAAAUGAAUCGUCUUUUGAAAACGUGGAGGAUGUACCAGACUAUGUUGAUCAGGCUGUGCCAUACUUUGCAAGUCUGAUCAUUUUGGAGUGGCUGGUGUUGUAUGGGACAGGUAAAACAACUCCCCGACUAAACGACAGUCUGGGUUCACUGUCUAAUGGGCUGCUCUCACUACUUCAUGGGCUGUUGUUUCGCUCCACGGAGUUGGCUGCCUAUGUGUGGUUCUACCAGCGUUUCAACUUUGUGACCCUUCCCUGGGACAGUCCCUGGACAUGGCUGCUAUGUCUGCUGGGGGUAGACCUAGCCUACUACUGGGUUCACAGGUUUGGACAUGAGGUAAACCUAGUGUGGUCAGGCCAUCAGACUCACCACAGCUCUGAGGACUAUAACCUCUCAACGGCAUUGCGCCAGUCUGCCCUGCAGAAGUACUUUUCUUGGGUGUUCUACCUGCCACUGGCAUUGUUCCUGCCACCCUCGAUAUUCCUUGUACACACACAGUUCAACCUGGUCUACCAGUUCUGGGUCCACACCGAGACCAUUAGCCGCCUGGGUCCCCUGGAGUGGGUGCUGAGCACGCCCAGUCAUCACAGGGUGCACCAUGGCCGCAACCCAUACUGUAUCGACAAGAACUACGGGGGCGUCUUUAUCAUAUGGGACAGGCUCUUUGGAACAUUUGAGGCAGAAAGAAGGGAUGAAAAGGUUGUGUAUGGCCUUAUUCAUAAUAUAGACACUUGGGAACCAAUCUAUGCACAGUUGCAUCACCUGGUACACAUCAUAAAGUCAGUGUGGAGCAUGAAGGGAGUCUCCAACAAGCUGUCUGUUCUCUGGAAGGGUCCAGGAUGGGCUCCAGGCAAACCCCGCCUUGGAAUCAAUGCAGAAAUACCAGAGGUUAAGUCCAAAACGAAGAAGUAUGAUGUGAAUAUCAGUUGGGGUAGAACAGUCUACAUCUGGGUCCACUACCUCAUCAUCCUGCUGGUUUGGCAUCAGGCUCUCAGCCACAACAAACUGAAGAUGGCCACACUGGUGAUGUCCACAAACAUUGGAUUCAUCAUAUUUUCCUUGUUUGUGUUUGGCUCAAUGUAUGACAGAAGAAAAUACGCAGACCUUGCAGAAGUGUUCCGAUGUCUGGCCAUAGUCCUGUCAUGGUCAAUAUUGCCUCCUACCUUACCUGCAGCGAUGUUCUGGUUUUAUUUGGCAUCUGUUUCGAUAUGGAGUCUUGUGAUCCUGUAUGGACUCGUGAAUAGGGGGUCAAGUGUAGCCCACAAAAAGACAUCAUGAGUAUCUUGAACUUUAUACAUGUAUGCAUAGGCGAGGCGUGGUGAGGCCAUUCUGUGAUAUUAAACAGAGCUUACUUUCGUGCGCAUUUUUAAUAUUUUUAAUAUUUUAAUCAACGUUUAGUCCCUAUAAAAAAAAUUUGUGCGAGAUUAUAAGUAACUACCCAUUGCUAUUUGUAUCUAUCUAUUUUGUUAAAAGCAUGAAACUUGAAGUUUAUCAGUUUACUUACUAAAAUAUUCGCAAUGUGAACAAAACAUUUGCAAAUACUUUGUUGAAUAAAGCUUGUGAUACCUGCAUGUAUGUAAGUACUGUAGUUUUGAUUUAAACAUAUUUUCAA